GCAAUAGUUGUUAGUUGUUAGUUUGUGUUUAACUCUGUGUGUUGUUAGCGCUGAAGUACUGUAACUUUUGUUAGCUAACGCUAUCGUCAUGUAUUUACAGUAAAUGUCAGCGUUAACAGCAGCUGAUUUAUUACUCAUUACACAUGGCAAAAUAGCUGUCAAAUGUGUUUUACAGGUGUAUCUUGUUAACACUGAUCCAAAAUACUGCAUAAUUUGACUCUUUUCAUUGCUGCAGCUCUACUUACUACGGUACAUUUUAAUCGGGAGAUAAUGAAGAAAACCAUAUUCUUCCCAGGAAAGAUGAGAGUGUCUUUCAGGAAGGGUCCAUCUGGCCACCUGAGACAGGACCCUUCAGAGGAGGGUAUGAUAAUUAAAAAAAAUCCUUCCCUUCAGGACAAGUCUGCCGCUCAGAAGCAUGAGCAUGUGAGGACAAAUGCUCUCACUGAGGUCCUUCAGAGGGGAGGGGAUGUAUCCGACCGACUCGAGGUGAUGGGGGAGUACGUGCUACAGUUCGGAAAAUAUAAGGGGAAACUGUACAGGUGGCUCCUAGAGAAUGACGUCGGCUACACCCUCUACUUGAUGGACAAGGUGGACGAGGAGGAGAGAGGUGGGACCUUCAACCCCCAAGGGCCUAGCAAGGACAGCCUGCUGUCGUUUCUGGACUACGCCAGGAGCUUCCAGGAAAUUGAGGAUCUGAGGAAGUACCUGUGCUCCAGGAAGCCUGCCCCACCAGUGGCGUCAGAGGGGGAACAUACUGUCGGCUUUGGAGCCAGAGCCAAAGACACCUGGAAGCAGAUCUGGGAUAGCAGGUCUGAUGGUUAUGCUGCCUUUGUUUUAGGAGUGAAGUGCAUCACUAACAGCAAGAUGUACAACCUUCAGCAGUAUAUCCUCAAGCAGCAGAGGGCUGAGUCCUGUCCACCACCGGCUGAAGGCUGCAUUGCAUCAGCUACCUCCACUCUGACAUCCAGCACUCCAGUGAUGGAGGAGGACGAGGAGCUGGAGAGGGCGAUGUUGAAUCUGUCUCCUUCAAAACUCUACACUGAACGAAGGCCACCAGCAGCAGUCUCCAGAGCCCCGGCUGUGUCCACACCAACAGGAAUUAACAUGUCAGCAAUGAUGCCCACAGGACUUAUCCAACUGCCACUGUGUCCAGACCCGAUGGACCUGCUCCCCUGAAAGCCACAGUGAAGGCACCGCUGCCGGUCCCUCCUCAGCUGCUCGCCAUUGCCCCAAAGCUCGGGAUAGAAGAGCAGGUGCC